AUGAAACAUUUUCUCGAAGUAUAUAAUUCCUCAACACAUUCUACAACAGGACAUACACCAAAUUCAAUGACACAACAACAAGAAGAAAAGUAUAUACAAAAGAAACUAAGUCAAACACAAAAUAUCAGAAAUUCAAAACAAUUUACCCUCAUUCCUGGUACAAAAGUUCGUGUAGUUCUUGACGACAAACCAUUGACAAAGAAACGUUUAAGGUUAAGUCGAAAUUAUUAUAUCGUAGACUCUACGCAAGGUAAUGGAUAUCUUAUAAAAGCUGCUGACGACUCCAUAGCAUUUUACCCUCGACAUAAAUUAGUCGAAAGUAGUAAUGGCAAACUUGCUGAAACCAUUGACGAAGCAAAGCGAGGAGUGGUUAUUGAAAUACUUGACUACAACACAAACGAUGACACUUAUAAAGUAAGAUAUGAAGGAGGCGUUGAAGAUGUUAUACCAUCUAAGAACUUGAGAGAAUCUAAACCAACUCAUCUGGGACCAUUAGAGCGGGAGUACUGGAAAGAUAAAAACAUGCCAGAAAGAAUAAGAAAAUUCUUCUAA